CUGACAUAACGGAUCAAGGGUUACUUCCUGUGUGUUAUACACACCCAGAUCAUUACUUCACAGAUUCCCGAAGUCUUGAUGACACAUCUCUCACUCGCUUAAGGCAUACAAUGGAUCUAAAUGGAUACUUCAAAAGAAUUGGUUUUACAGGCCAUUUUGACAAAGCUGACCUGGACACCUUGUCCACUAUUCACAAGCUGCAUGUUAUGAAUAUUCCAUUUGAGAAUCUCAGUAUUCACUGUGGAGAGAAGAACACCUUGAACCUGCCAAUAAUAUAUAAUAAAAUUGUCAAGACCAAUCGUGGAGGAUCGUGUUGUGAAAAUAACAUCUUGUUCUCAUGGGUCCUUAGAGAGAUGGGCUACAAAUACACUACACUAAGCUCCAGGCUGUUCAACGUGCAUAAAAAUGAUUAUAACUCCAUGGAGACUCAUCUUAUAAAUUUGGUGGAGAUUGAUAGUAAAGGUUACAUUGCUGAUGUAAGCUAUGGGGUGUCAGGCCAAAUCUGGCAUCCCUUAGAACUGAUCUCAGGAAAAGACCAGCCACAGCCUCCAGGUGUGUUCCGCCUCCUAAAUGAUGGGGCGAUGUGGGUUCUGGAAAAGACCAGAAGAAAGCAACUGGUCCAAGAACAGACUUUUGCUAAUUCUAGCCUCAUUGACAAGCGCCUGACAAAAAUAAUAUAUCGCUUCACAUUAACCCCACGUGAUACAGAAUACUUUCUGGAGACAUUAGAGUGGCUGCAGACAAGCCCAGAGUCUUUGUUCAUACUCAAAUCCAUUUGCUCCCUUCAAACUCCCAAAGGCUUCAGAGCUCUGGUUGGCUGGACUUUCAGCGAGGUCACAUUUAACCCACAGGAGGAUGCAGACUUGGUGGAGAUGAAAGAAAUCCCAGACUGUGAGAUAGAGGCUUUGUUAAAAGAAAAGUUUAACUUAGUGUUAAUUAAUAAAUUUACACCUAAAAACAAAGGAACUUAUUGCAUAUAGCAAUUGCAAAUGUUUGUGCCAUAAAACAGUAUUUAAAUAAAAUGAAAAUAUUACUACAUAUGUCAAGUUUUGUAAACAAAUAUAAAUAAAAGCAUGUUAUGACUCAUG